AUGCCAACUGUUCUAAUUAUCGGGGCCGGUCUCAACACCGGUAAGGCCACAGCCGAAACCUUUUCAGCCGCGGGGUACAAAGUUGCUGUGGCAUCUAGGACUCAAAAGCUCGAUUCCAAGUAUCCGUACUAUGCAUUUGAUGCUUCGAAGCCAGAGACAGUGCCGACUCUGUUUGAGAAGGUAACCGCUGAUCUCGCUGCCGCUGGUCACACCAGCCGUCCGGAAAAUCCAUUUGAUAUGGAACUAGAAGAGUUUCGAAGGGGCCAAAAUAUAAAUACCACUUCACCUUAUUAUGCGGCACGAGAAGCGGUCAGGGGCUUCGAAAAACUUGGCCCUUCUGGUUUAGGCCCUGACGGGGGCUCUUUUCUGUUUGUGGGUAAUGGUUUAAACACUAUUGCUCUCCCGGGCUUCAUGACUUUUGCCGUUCAAAAAGGUGCUACCGCACAUCUGAUCCAUAACCUAGCGCUGGCCGAGUAUGAUGGAAAACCCUACAAAUUCUACUAUCUCGACGAGAGACACGCGGAUGGUUCAUACGUAACCAAUGACUUAAGUGGUAUUGGCCACGCCAAAGAGUUCCUCAAGCUAGCAAAAGAUAGCAAGCAAGGACCUUGGAAUUAUACCUUCGUGAGCGGAAAGGGGUACGAGAAGUUCCCACCCGUGGAGGUCAUGGCCUGGAAUCCAUAG